AUGGCCGAACGCAACACCGAAAGCGAAGAGCCACGCGCUCACGCGCAAGGCACCCCGCGUGCAGCCGAUCCGGUGACCCUAUCGGCAUCGACAGCUGCAGCUGAAGCAGUGAUGCCGCCGACGGCGAGCCAGGAUGAUUCAAAACCCUACUCAAUAUUCUCGACCACGCACCGCCGAAUUCUCACAGCUAUCCUAGGCAUAGCCAGCAUUGCCUCACCCCUGAGUGCCAACAUCUACCUGCCUCUUCUUCCUCUUCUCCAGACGCAAUACCGCUCGUCUGCGCAGGCCAUCAACCUCACCCUCACACUCUACGUCGUCGUCCAGGCUGUGAUGCCGGCAUUCUUUGCCCCAGCUGCAGAUGCUCAUGGUAGGCGACUCAUCAGCAUCAUUACUUACAUCAUCUUCACCGUGGCGAGUCUGGGUCUCGCCAUUAACGAUGUCUCUGGCAAUAGGUCCUACGUCGCACUCAUCCUACUGCGUGCGAUGUCAGCACUGGGAGUCUCAGCCUGCGCGAGCAUCACGUAUGGAGUCGUCAGUGAUGUCUGCAUUCCGGCCCAGAGGGGCACCAUGGUCGGACCUGCGAUCAGUGCCGCAAAUGUGGGGACAGUCUUGGGCCCAGUUGUUGGUGGGCUGAUUGCCUGGCGCACAGGGAGCGGUACAUGGGUCUUCUUCACUUUGGCCAUAUUUGGAGCAACGAGUCUGGUGCUGAUGGUCUUCCUCCUGCCCGAGACAGCGAGGUCAGUUGUCGGAGACGGGAGCGAGGGUCGCAGGCUUGAAAAGACAGGCUGGAAAGAUUUCAUUCUACUUGGUCCUCGAUGGGGUCAACGCCGAGGGCCUGAAGCCGAAGAUGGAGUGUGCGGUGAUAGAGAACUGUAUGCUGCGACAAUAGGUGAGAAAAGAGUGUCCAAAACCCAGGCACAUACCGCUUCUGCUACAGUAAAGGCGACGAAGAAGUUCUUUAUUCCUAAUCCCUUCUCAUGCCUGUCCAUUAUACUCGCACGGGACACUGCUCUUAUCUUGUGGCUAGCAAGCUGCAAUUAUGCUGUCUGGUACUGUGUCACAGCCUCCAUACCACAGAUCUAUGCCAACAACUAUGGUUGGAGCGAGCUCAAUAUUGGUCUGGCUUAUCUCCCUGCAGCUAUCACUAUAUUUGCCUCAGGUUUCAUCACUGGGCCCUGGAACAAUCAUAAAUAUAGAAAGACGGCACGUGAAGAAGGAGUUCCCGCGGAUAGUCAUCGAGUGGACGGCUUCCCCAUCGAAAAAGCUCGCGUUCGACAGCUUUGGCCUUCCUUCUUCUGCACGCAUAUAGGCAUUGCUGGCCUGGGAUGGACUGUUCAACAACGCGUUCAUCCAGCAGUCCCAUUGGUGAUUCAGGCAAUCGUCGGAUGUAUUCAGAGCACUCUCUUCUUUGCCUUCAAUACACUGCUAGUCGACGUUCACCCUGAUAGACCCAGCACAGCCUCUGCAGCUGCGUCACUUGUUCGCAGCGGGCUGAGUGGGAUUGGGGUUGCUAUCCUGCAACCGUUGACCAAUGCACUUGGCUGGGGCUGGUACUUCACUUUGAUGGCUCUUGUCGUUGGAAUCUUGCAAGGCGUUGGGAUGAUAAUGCUUCUAAGGUGGGGUCGCAGAUGGAGGGAGCAGAGAAGGAACGACGUUGGCCAAGCAAGUGAAAGGCCGCCAAGAGCAUAG